AUGGCUACUCCUUCGGCUACCCCUUUAAAAGAGGGUAAAACGCCGUCAAAAUAUAUGACCAAGAAAUAUGGCAAACAGGUUGCUCGUGAAAAGUUGGCGGCCGCAGCGGCUGCCGCUGCUGCCGCUGCUGCUGCUGGAAAUAGCCCGAAAACCAAGAAAUCGACCAAGGUCAAAAUCCCAAGGAUACCAAAGGAUAAGAGUAAAGUAAUGUCUGUAUCGGCAGACGGAAAUAAUGCCGAAGGUUCUUCGUCAGGUCCCUUGCCAACCAUCAAAAUCACUAAAAAGGGUCGUCCUACUAAACGGAAACUGCAAGAAGCAGCAGAAAUGAACGAGUUAUCGGGUGCUUCUGGUACUAGUGCCAGUCCCAAACCGGAGAAAAUAAAACGUCCCAGGAAAUUAAAGGGUAAAUCUGUAGCCAAGAACCCUGAUUCUGACUCGGUAGACGAGUCGAAUGUCACUUCUUCUCCGGAUGGUGGGAAACGAAAAGCAAAGAAAACUCGACCUACUGCAUCCAAACUGCCGAAAGAAAUCAAAGUAGAUGUCGAAAAACAGUGUGGAGUUCCCCUGCCAAAUGGAAGUUUGUGUGCCAGAUCUCUGACCUGUAAAACCCACUCUAUGGGUGCUAAAAGAGCUGUUCAGGGCCGGUCCCAGCCAUAUGAUCUAUUAUUAGCAGCGUAUCAGAAACGAAAUCAGGUCAAACUGGCGUCUUUAUCUACACAACAGCAGCUCGAACUAGAUAAUGAGGCUCUUAUGGACGACACUCCACUUAAUGAUGAAGAGGAGUUUGAACAGGUCAUGGCGGGUGUGGUACGAGCGUAUCCUGUUCCUCUGGAGAGAAAAGUCAUUAUGCCUACUAGACUACGAUCUGGGUUUUUCAGGCUACGAGAGACUUUGAUUGCAUCCAUCACAACUGUACCUCCACUACCCACGAUACCUAUUUCGUCGGCUGCUACAGCUACUGGGUCGGCUUCGGCAGCGAGUGGAUCCCCAACAUCCGUCUCUUCUACUAAUACACCCGGUCUUGGAGACGCUCAAAGCAGCGUGACUGCUGUAAUGGCAUCGACAGGUGCUGUUCUUGGACGAACCAUUGUCUUUGACACCGUUUCUAAAGCACAGUAUGCUAGACCUCCGCGUGUGUAUAUCAACCCGAAUAUCUAUCUCGCCCAGCAACAGCAGUUGCAACAGCAGCAACAGCAGCAGCAGCAACAACAAUUACAACAGCAGCAACAGGAGCAACAACAAAAUCAACAAAAUCAACAGCAACAGCAGCAGCAACAGCAGCAACAACAGCAACAACAGCAACAGCAGUUGCAACAAAAACAAGCCCUCUAUGUUCGUCAACGCCAACUAGCUGCUCUGCAGCAGCAGCAACAAACCAAUGUCAACACUGCAAACUUAGGGUCUGGAGCACCUGCCCCCAUAACAAUGAAAACUCUCGCCAACAGCAUCAACCAGCCAGCGGCGAAUCCCAACCAAUCCACGCUCCUGAUGCAACAAGCCAUGCUGCGACAGCAGGCCCAAGCUCGACAACAACCCCAGCCGACCACGUCCCACGGGGGGGUCUCUUAA